GUUUCAUAGCAACAGGUUCACUUGCUCCUGCAAUGGCCUUGCCAAAUUGGUCGCCUAGCGCCAACUGGGAUUCCCAAACACUGAAUUUACUAAACGAUUUCAAAGUUAACCCCCUGCCGGUUGUCUCCUUCCAAGACAUUUUAAAUUCCUCGCACGAUUUCCCCAUCCAUUUUCCCACUAAAACCAACAAAUGCACCUUCCUAAAAGCGAAAACUCAAGAGGACUCCCUGACGCGCAACAUCCGCUCAGUAUACCCGGUGCUUCACGAAAGCGCGCUGAAACUCUGCGCAGACUUCAUCAUGUUCAAAAGACAAUUCGGCAGCAAGACGGAAAGAGUUUAUUACGAAAACUUUUCCAUCAAGGAUCUCGUUGAUAAAAUGCUGCGGAAGAGAGCCGUUCAUUUUUUGGACGCUUCCGACGAUUACGGCUUGCUGAACGGCAAAAGCGGCUCCGGCGGUUGGGAAAAUGUGGGAACACCCUGUCAAAAAGACCCUCUUCUCAUCGAAGACGUGAUGACUUACGACGAGCUGAAAAUUUCGGCUUUUCUAUCGGUUACUUCUUACACGUAUUUCGUUAACGAAGGGCAUCGUACGAACAUUGGGAAGUACCAGGAGAACAGAAGCCUCGUGGAAGACUCUGGUGUCAUUAUCGGCAUGAUAGGCACUAGAUUAGAAAAACCGCGAGUAAUGGAAUAUCAAGACAUCGUUAUUUCCAAAACGCAGAACACUAGAGAUAGCGGUUUUGGGUCAGACAUCCAUCACAGCGUCCCUAAAUUGUUUGCUAAUUUUUAUGACGAACAAUCCUUAACUUUUGACGAGGCUUGGAAGGCGAAAAACGAGGACUUUUCCCACAAAUAUACCAUCGUAUUAAACGAUUUAUUAUUCGACAACCAUUUUUAUUACAAAAGACUUGCGAUUUCCGUCGAUACUUUGUUGCUAGAGGCAAAUUCGAGGGCUAGAGAAGCUUCGAAAAAUGCUUAUAUCCAUGUGGUUGGCUUGGGUCUAGGAGUUUGGAAGAUAUCGGAGCAUCAAAACAAAUUAUACAUGGACACAUUUGCCGAAAGACUCAAAGUAUUGAGCGGAAAACUGCACAGUGUUAGUGAUAUUUGCUUUGCCUACAUUAGGCAAGCCAAAUGCGGAGGUUACAGCGAUGGCGAUGUUUUCCCGAUAAAAGGCCAUCCCAAAGGAGGAAUAAAGAUUCAUAUUUUGAACCGAAAUCCGCAUGCUAAAUUAACCGGCGACGAUGAAGGUAAACUUCUUGUGGUUUCCUAUGCUUGGGACGGAAACGCUUUGCCUGGAAACGAAUAUUGGUUGGGAAGUUUGGCUGGUAGCGGAGAUCCGGCUGCUGCCUGCUCGACUCAAAUCUGCGAAAUCCACAACCCGCACAUAAAUCCCUUAGUUUCCGCUGAUAAUUUGAGGAUUGUUACGGAUGAUGGGGUCCUUAGCGUCACAGAGUACCAGAUGAGAAUAGCAGAUAAACAAUUAUUUUGAUAUAAAUAAAUAACUAGUGAUCUGUUUUUACCGCUUUUUUACUGUCGAGAAACCUGAUAUUUAAUCAUAAGAUCGUUUGAUUGAAAUUUAUUUAAAACAUUUUCAGAGACGAACUUGAUCCGG